GGAUAUAGACACUGUAAUUAUUCGCGGUUUAAAAAUUACAUACUUUGAAUAAAAUAACGAAGAAAUGUCGGACUCGGAGACUGGCGUGGACAAGCAGCGGGAAGAGGAGCCUGAACUUGAGCAAAGCGGAGCAGCAGAGGACGACGGCUCAGACUUUGGCCGUGAUGAAGCGUCUGAGAAGGGUCCUGAAGAACGGAGUUCCUUACUGAAGAAGGCUAAAGAGAUGGCAGCGAUAGCACAGCCUGCUGGAUAUGAGGAGAAAGUGAAAACUGACCGGACCAACAGAUUUGAAUACCUCCUCAAACAGACAGAAGUGUUUGCCCACUUCAUUCAGCCAGCUGCACAGAAAACCCCCACCUCUCCGCUGAAGAUGAAACCCGGGCGCCCUCGCAUUAAGAAGGAUGAGAAACAGAAUCUUCUCUCUGCUGGAGACAACCGUCACCGCCGCACAGAGCAGGAGGAAGAUGAGGAGCUGCUAAGCGAAAGCAGUAGAGCGACCAAUGUGUGUACACGCUUCGACGAGUCGCCCUCCUAUGUGAAGGGUGGGAAACUGAGAGACUAUCAGGUCCGUGGUCUAAACUGGCUCAUUUCCCUCUAUGAGAACGGAAUUAACGGCAUUCUGGCUGACGAGAUGGGUUUGGGAAAGACUCUACAGACUAUCUCCCUGCUGGGCUACAUGAAGCACUACCGCAACAUCCCCGGUCCUCACAUGGUGCUGGUGCCCAAGUCCACGCUGUAUAACUGGAUGAAUGAGUUUAAACGCUGGGUUCCCUCCCUGCGGGCCGUCUGUCUCAUCGGGAACAGUGACGAGAGGACUGCCUUCAUCCGUGACACGCUUUUGCCCGGCGAGUGGGAUGUGUGUGUGACGUCGUAUGAAAUGGUGAUUAUUGAGAGAGCCGUCUUUAAGAAGUUUAACUGGAGGUACCUGGUCAUCGACGAGGCUCACCGAAUUAAGAACGAAAAAUCAAAGCUGUCAGAGAUCGUGCGUGAGUUCAAGACAACGAACCGCCUGCUGCUGACCGGCACUCCACUGCAGAACAACCUGCACGAGCUCUGGGCUCUGCUCAACUUCCUGCUGCCUGACGUCUUCAACUCCUCUGAGGACUUUGACUCCUGGUUUGACACCAAUAACUGUCUGGGAGAUGAGAAACUCGUGGAGCGUCUGCACACUGUACUCCGUCCUUUCCUGCUGCGUCGUAUCAAAGCUGACGUGGAAAAGUCUCUGCUGCCUAAGAAAGAAAUCAAGAUGUACGUUGGCCUCAGCAAGAUGCAGAGGGAAUGGUACACUAAGAUCCUGAUGAAGGACAUUGACAUUUUGAACUCUGCGGGGAAGAUGGAUAAGAUGCGUUUGUUGAACGUGCUGAUGCAGCUGAGGAAGUGUUGUAAUCACCCGUACCUGUUUGACGGGGCGGAGCCAGGGCCGCCCUACACCACCGACCUCCACCUGGUGGUCAACAGUGGGAAGAUGGUGGUGCUGGACAAACUGCUGCCCAAGAUGAAGGCACAAGGUUCCCGUGUGUUGAUUUUUAGUCAGAUGACGAGGAUGCUGGACAUCCUGGAGGACUAUUGCAUGUGGCGUAACUAUGGUUACUGCCGCCUGGACGGGCAGACUCCACAUGAGGAGAGACAGAUCUCCAUCAACGCUUUUAACGAACCCAACAGCUCCAAGUUCAUCUUUAUGCUGAGCACCAGGGCCGGAGGCCUGGGCAUUAACCUGGCCACGGCUGACGUAGUCAUCAUCUACGACUCUGACUGGAACCCACAGGUCGACCUGCAGGCCAUGGAUCGGGCUCACAGGAUUGGUCAAAAGAAGCAGGUGCGCGUGUUUCGCUUCAUCACAGAAAACACAGUUGAGGAGAGGAUUGUGGAACGUGCAGAAAUGAAACUCCGUCUAGAUUCCAUCGUCAUCCAGCAAGGGAGACUGGUGGAUCCCAGUAUGAACAAACUGGGCAAAGACGAGAUGCUGUCCAUCAUCCGCCACGGAGCCACCCAUGUCUUUGCCUCCAAGGAGAGUGAGAUCACAGACGAAGACAUCGAUGAGCUUCUGGAGAGAGGAGAGAAGAAGACGAUGGAGAUGAAGGAGAGGAUGGCCAAGCUGGGGGAGAGUUCUCUGAGGAACUUCACCAUGGAUACAGAGAACAGUGUGUACAACUUUGAGGGUGAGGAUUACAGAGAGAAGAAAAAGGUGAUCACUAACUGGAUCGAGCCACCGAAGAGAGAGCGGAAGGCGAACUACGCCGUGGACGCCUACUUCAGAGAGGCACUGCGCGUCAGCGAACCCAAAGCACCCAAGGCCCCCCGCCCACCCAAACAGCCCAAUGUCCAGGACUUCCAGUUCUUCCCCCCGCGUCUCUUUGAGCUGCUGGAGAAAGAGAUCUUGUUCUACAGGAAAACCAUCGGUUACAAGGUGCCCAGGAACCCAGACCUGCCCAACUCGGCCCAAGCGCAGAAGGAAGAGCAGGCCAAGAUCGAUGAGGCCGAACCCCUGACAGAGGAGGAGCUGGAGGAGAAGGAGAACCUCCUCUCCCAGGGUUUCACCAUCUGGAGCAAGCGGGACUUUAACCAGUUCAUCAAAGCCAAUGAGAAAUGGGGCAGGGACGACAUCGAAAACAUCGCCCGUGAGGUGGAGGGCAAGACGCCCGAGGAGGUCAUGGAAUAUUCCGCGGUGUUCUGGGAGCGCUGUAAUGAGUUACAGGAUAUUGAGAAGAUCAUGGCUCAGAUUGAGAGAGGAGAGGCCAGGAUUCAGAGGAGAAUCAGCAUCAAAAAGGCCCUGGACUCAAAGAUUGGUCGCUAUAAGGCUCCGUUCCACCAGCUCCGGAUCUCGUAUGGGACCAAUAAAGGCAAGAACUACACUGAGGAGGAGGACCGGUUCCUCAUCUGCAUGCUCCACAAACUGGGCUUCGACAAGGAGAGUGUGUACGACGAGCUUCGCCAGUGUAUCCGGAACUCCCCCCAGUUCCGCUUCGACUGGUUCCUCAAGUCCCGCACGGCCAUGGAGCUGCAGAGGCGAUGUAAUACACUCAUCACACUGAUAGAACGAGAGAAUAUGGAACUGGAAGAGAGAGAGAAGGCAGAGAAAAAGAAACGUGGACCUCGCACCUCAUCUGCUCAGAAGCGUAAGCAGGAUGGAACCCCAGAUGGGCGUGGCCGUCGGAAAAAACUGAAGAUUUAAUUGGACUGUGGCGACGGGGAAGGCGACCGGCUUCAGUUGAGCGAUACUUGCGUUUGUGUUUUGUUACGGGUCCCACUCAUGUACUGUAUCACCUGAACUGAGCUCUGGCCUCACUGUAGCGCGUGUGUUUAGAGAAGGAGUAGUGUUGUCCGUAGGUCUGUCUUUUAGCGACGUUAGUAUGAGGCUUUGCGCUUUUGGUUUUUUUUUAAAUCGAUUUUGUACCGGUCAUUUGUGAGGUAAUAAGGUAAAUGUAUUUAUGCUUGUCGGUUGUAUUCCACAUUCCAUUCCUUGUAACGAUAUUUUGUGUUUUUUUUUCUUUUACCGGAAAAAAACUCUUGUAUUGUACACGUACCGUACUCGGAGUAGACUUGUCUUUUGAGCGUGUCACUAAUAAAUUCUCUUUUGUUUUGUA